AUAUGUAAACACUGGACGGUCGGCCGUGUAAAGUACAAGGUCACACGUUUCAUCUAGGUGUUCUAUCUGCGGAAUUUACGGAGGCUUUGUGAAUAAGGUCCCUGAUGUACUUUUAAACCAGCCUCAGCAGCCGUUAGCGUUUCGUACCAGUCCUAUGGUGUUGAAACUUAUCACAAUAAACUGAGGAGAAACAUAUCCCGGUGAAAUGAUUGUAACAACAGUGUUGUAUGGAGCUCUACUAUCUAUUCUAGUUGUGUUUUUAAAACAAGUUUAUCAAUUUAAACAAUGGAGACGACUCACGGCGCAAACGACAAUGUUAGAUUCAUGGCAUCCGAUUUGGGGACAUUUACACUUGAUCAAUGACGUGUCUGAUUAUAUUCGACUGGUGACAGACAAGAUACAGACAUCAGGGACAAAGAUGACUAGUGCUUGGAUGAUGUUCUUCUUCCCUGUGUUUACUGUAUGUCAUCCAGACACGGCGAAGGUCCUCUUCAAGUCCUCUGAACCAAAACCCAAAUACUCUCUAGGAGGAUCAUACAGAAUGUUACUACCAUGGUUAGGCGAUGGUUUACUGAUAUCGGACGGCAAAAAGUGGGAGAGAAACCGUCGGCUGCUGACUCCCGCCUUCCAUUUUGACAUUCUCAAACCCUACGUGCAGAUCUAUAAUGAUGUCACAGAAAUAUUCCUUGAAAAGCUACAGAAAGCAUGUAAUUCUGGAAAAAGCAUAGAAAUAUAUAGCCAGGUUUCCCUGGCAACGUUAGACACCAUGUUAAGAUGUUCUUUGUCAUAUGAAGGCCAUGUACAAGAAAAAGGAGACAGUCACCCGUAUGUUCAGGCCGUGAGACGUCUAGGUUUUCUAUCCAUAAGGAGGCUAAUGAAUCCGUUGCUGCAUCCAAAUUUCUUGUUUUGGUUGUCACCCACUGGCAGAGAAUACAAACAACAUAACGACUAUGUACAUGAAUUUGCUGAUGAAAUAAUCACUUCUCGCAGGAAAAGUCUCGAGAAAGAUCCAAACCAGUUGCAGAAGAGCAAAUUGGAUUUCCUUGACAUUUUAAUCACAGCCAAAGACGAAAAUGGUGAAGGUUUGAGUGAUUUAGACAUCAGAGCCGAGGUAGACACAUACCUGUUCGAAGGGCACGACACAACGGCAUCUGCCAUUAGCUGGGCAAUUUACUGUCUGGCCAAAUAUCCGGAAGAGCAAGAAAAGAUCUACAAAGAAGUGACGUCAGUUCUUGACGGAAGAUCACAACUUUCAUGGGAGGAUAUGAGUCGUCUUAAAUACACCACCAUGUUCCUGAAAGAAGUGAUGCGCAUGCACAGUCCUGUUCCUUUUAUAAGUCGAUGGCUGACCAAGCCUAUGAUCCUGGAUGGCGUUGAAAUCCCGGAGAAUGUUACUGUGGACAUUUUUAUCCACUGUAUCAACCAUCAUCCAGAUGUCUGGCCCGACCACAUGGAAUUCCGUCCUUCCAGAUUUGAAGACUACAAGAGCCAGGACAAGGACCCUUACACAUACGUUCCUUUCUCUGCCGGGUCAAGGAAUUGUAUCGGGCAAAAUUUUGCUUUGAAUGAAGAAAGGGUGAUGAUUGGUGCUUUAGUCAAACGAUUCAAGGUCGAACUGGUGGAAGGUCACGUGUAUGAGGAAUACCCGGAAGUAGUGAUGAGGGCAAAAUACGGAAUUAAAAUCAAUGUCAAACAGCGUUAAUACUCUUCAUUAGACUAACUGACAGCUUUGAUUGAUUCAAACCUCAUCUUAAUUUUAUAUUGUUGUAAACUAUGUUAGUGACACAUGUUGAUGGGCAGCUUUGUGUAUGUGAGCCUUUACACUUCUAUAAAGGAAGUUCUAUUCUGAUUAAAAAGUUAUGAGACCCAA